CUCACUCACUAACCUUGCAAAUCCUCCCUUUUAACCCGGGAACCCACCCCGCAACACGAUGCGGGCUUCACAUUUAUCUCUGGCCGGUCUAGUUUCCAUCGCCUCUGCUGCCCGCUUUGUACUGCACAUCCCCACAACCCAAGUGGUUAAUCCUUCAACGCUUACAGCCAGCACGCACGCAACGCUGCAGUCUUCAGGCCCUCCCUUAAUCGCACAUCUAACACGCUCAAACACAUUCAACUUUUACAAUGUCACUCCUGGUAGUUACUUUGCCGCCGUUCACUGUCGGGAUGUCGCCUUUGAACCUAUCCGGAUAGACGUCAGCCUCGAGGAGAUAGUAGAGGGGAGCGGGGAAAAGAAGGAAAUGAUUCGAGCGUGGCAGACAUUCAUUGGGAAUGAGUGGGAGAACAAAGGAGAGUCUAGAGGAGAAGGCGGAAAUGGGUUGGUUGUUGAAGUCAAAGCCAUAGGGCAAAAGUACUUUUUUCAAGAACGAAGCGGAUUCUCUCCCCUCUCCUUCUUGAAGAAUCCUAUGAUUCUCAUGGCCCUUUUCUCCAUGGUCCUCAUUUUUGGGAUGCCAUAUUUGAUGGAAAAUAUGGACCCAGAAACCAAAGCCGAGUUCGAGGAAAUGCAGAAGAAAAGUCCAUUGGGAGGGGGUGGCAACCCAGCAGCCCAGAUCCAGAACUUUGAUCUUGCAUCUUGGAUGGCUGGAAAGACAGACCAAGGAAGCUCGAGUCGAGGCCAGAGCCCUGCUCCGCAAUCGAAGAAGCGUGGUUGAGCUGCUACUCAGCCAUUCUAUCCGGCGCACAUGACAUAGAUUUUGCCAAAGUAAUUGGAAAUUAGGUAGGGCAUGAAGGCUAUUAAGAUUAUGAGAUACCCUCUUUGUGCAUUAUGAGAUUCCCC